GAAUGAACUUUCUCCAGCCGCUGCAGUGUGUCUGUAUGUCCGUGUGUGUGUGUAAGUGUGGGGGGAAAUGAGCGUGUGAACUUAUUUAUGAAAGCCGUCUAAACUAAAUUAUUUUGCACUUUAAUAUUCAAGGUAAGUUGUUUGGUCUUUAGCAAAGAUUCGCUUUAGCUUGAAAUAGACAGCUUGAGUAUUACAGCUCAACUUCUCGGUGGUUUUUGACCGUUUACUCUAAAUGUAACGAGCUGCCUUUCCUUUAAUGAGACACCUGCCUCCAUUUUAGCUUAAACAAAGCGUCUCGACCAUUUCUCUCAUGUUGCUUUGUCGUGUUUUUAACAGGCAGCUUUGCGAAAACCAGAAGAGGAAAAACAGCCCACUCCUGAAAAAUCCAGACUGCCACUAUGGUUGCCACCAGCACUUUAAAAACCAAAAGCAGCGAGUGCAUCUCUGACUUGGUUGACCGAAGAUAUGACCAGGCGUGUAUAGAGAAAGGUAAGUGUUCUGGAUAUUCCUGUGUUUUUUUUUUGUUUUUUUUGUCUGCAUGUUUAAACCUGCUAGUUGCUGGAUAUUUCCAAUUGUGUGCUUGUUUAUCCCGGUGUGGUGCAUGGCUGCAGCAGUGAAGGGGAGGGGGGAGAGAGGGAGGCGGGGAGAGAAGUCAGUCAACAGAGGAUGAAGUCAUCCUUUCAGCCUGUCUGCAAAACAACACAUCUGACAGCCGCAAAUGAGUUUUUCUUGGCUGAUUGAUAGUGAAAUGUGUGUGCACUUUACUGAUUUGUUUGUGAUCUCCUAUACUUGUAUUUAAUCCAUCUUCUCCUGGUGUUUUGAGUAUCUUUAGUAUCUUGUAUCUUAAGACUCAUUGCAACUGAAGACAAACCUAGUAGUUGUGCAUGUAGAAAUUUUGAAAAUGUAUUAAAUUACUGCACUGCAUUUUGUUUAUUUGUGACAAAAAACUGUACUGGUGUGAAAUUGUUCAACUCGCAUUAUUUUCUCAGAGCUGGACUUCUGGGAUCACUGCUUGGCUGAACCCCAGAGGAACGCAGAAGUCACAGAAGACAAAACCUGUCAACAACUGGCCAAGAUGUUUGAAAACUGCCUCUCACGAGCCAAGAAGACAACACUGCACUGCUCCUCUGUUCUGGUACCAGAGAAGCUCACAAGAAGGAUAGCUCGUGAGGUCCUGCGACUGGCGUCCUGCGAGCCCUGUGGCUUGCGUGGCUGCGUCCUCUACAUCCACCUGGAGCUGGAGAAGGGCUGCAAACGGCUGGACCGCAUCGUGUAUGAUGCCACCGUAGUGCCCACAUUCGAACUGACUCUGGUGUUCAAGCAGGAUGGCACCGCCUGGCCCAGCCUACGGGACUUUUUCUUUCUAGGUACAUGCUUUGCUCCUACUUUCAGGCACGUACUAAAACUGAGUCCAGGUUUCCGGCUUGUCAAGAAAAAACUGUACUCCUCCGCGGCUGGUACCGUGAUAGAGGAGUGCUAAACUAUGGGAGGGGUUAAAGCAGGAUAUCAGGUUUCCUGUGGGUAUAUGCACUUCUGCCCAAACGUUAAUGGCACACCAGGGGUGUCAUAUUUUCUACAGUGUUUUUGUACAAUAGUUUGUCGGUUCAACUCUUAGUAGCCAGUCAGUUCAGUUUGGGACUUGGGGUGUUAAAAAGUUAAAAAGUUUUGCAUCUUAGCCUGAGGUUUUCGGGUUUGCCUUCAGUGUUUCUAAAGUGCAUUUUUUUUAUCAGCAAAAUUGUAAUAUUCUGGGUGUUUUGUUUUUUUUCUUUCUAAUGGGAGCAUUUGUCACUCAAACACAAUUUCAAAUCUGUACACUAAGCAGAUGAAUGUAAAACCAUGUUUGAGAGGGACAUAGUGUGGGUACACUUUGUGAGAGACACUCGCCACUUUGUUGAUGCAUCUGUGUGUUUCCAGAUACAUUGAAUGUGUUUGGCCGCCGUAAACACACCUAGGCUUGAAUAGGACACUGCAAUCUAGUCUUUGGGGGCCAUAUGUAGCAAGUUGCGCAACGUUGUUUUCAGGGCUGCGGAUGUUUUUAGGAGUGAAUGUUUGUGAUGAUGCUGCUGUCGUGGUGUGGUCUUCUCAUGCCAUGACAAAGUGGAUGCCUUAAAUGUCACAGAAGUGUGUUUUUUCACUUAAAUCACAAGUAUACGUGUUGUAUGUGUGAAUGUUUUAAUAUAUAAUAAUUCUUCAGUCCCUUCCCCAGACACAUCUUUCAGUUCAGAACCUUUACGGAUACUUAAAAGGAUCAUUCACCCAAACAUAAAAUCUAUAUUGUUCUCAAUGUUAUUCACAUUUUGGGAUGAAAAGAAAUAACUGGAGGUCCAAGUGGUAUCUUUUUUUUUUUGUGAAUUUCCUAAAUUUUUUUAAAAUGCCUUUUUGAAUUUCCUGUUGAAGGGAACUGAACUUUGUCUAUCAGACAAAUAAAAGUAUAAAACCUAA